AGCCGGUUCGGUCUGAGCUCACGGCCGGCCGCCGAGCAGGCCGCGCCGCCCGCUGAGCCCGGGUCCGACGCGCUCGGCGCGCCGCCCGAGGGCGAGGACGAGCUGUUCGCCGACGAACAGCGACAGCAACCAUGGUGGCGGUCCAACUUCUUCGUCUCGUCGCCGGUGCUGUUCGGCACCUGGGACGGCGUCUUCACCACCGUGCUGGUGAACAUCUUCGGCGUGAUCGUGCUGCUCCGCUCCGGCUGGGUGGUGGCGCAGGCCGGCAUGGGCCUCACCGUCCUCAUCAUUCUCGCUUCCGUGUGUGUGGCUCUGACCUCGGUGCUGUCGGCGAUCGGCAUCUGUGAGCGCUGCCGGCUGGCCAACGGCGGCGUGUACGCCCUCGUCUCGCAGGUGCUCGGCUCGCACAUCGGUACAGCUCUCGGCCUCGUCUACUGCUUCGGCCAGAUGGUGGGCUGCGCGCUGUGCGCCGCCGCCUUCGGCGAAUCGAUGUCAGACUUGCUCAGCACGCCGGACAACCCUUGGGUGGAGCGAGCCGUCGGCGUCACACUCGUCGCCCUGUUGACCGCCAUCAACGUGGCCGGCGUCAAGUGGGUCAUCAAGGUGCAGUUUGUCCUACUGGCCCUGCUGGCGCUGGCCGUGCUCGACUUCCUCUUCGGCUCAAUGAUAGGGGAGGGGGUCGGAGGCGACGGGUUCGUCGGCUGGAGCAUGGCGAAUCUGCGAAACAACACCGCCCCCGGCUACACGGAGGGCAACAACUGGUUCAGUGUGUUCGGCGUGUUCUUCCCCAGCCUCACCGGCAUCAUGGCCGGCAUCAACAUGUCGGGCGACCUGCGGAACCCCCGGCAGGACAUUCCUCGCGGCACGCUGGCCGCCCUCGGCGCCAGCACGAUCCUGUAUGUGAUGUUCGCAUUCGUCCUAGCGGCCACCUGCACAAGAGAAGCCCUCUUAACCGACUACAUUAUAGCCGAGCGAGUGGCCGCGACAGGUGUGCUGCUUCUGCUGGGACUUUACAUAUCAUCGUCCUCCUCCUGUCUUUCAACUCUGUACGGGACUCCGCGUGUUCUCCAAAGCAUUGCAAAUGAAAACAUCAUACAGUUCCUGAAGCCACUCAGCAAAGUGAGUGGUGCCAACAAGGUUCCGCUGUACGCUCUGGUGGCCAUUUCCGUCGGCACGCUGGUCUUCAUCCUGAUUGGCCAGGUCAACAGACUGGCCCCGAUCGUGACCUUGCCGUUUUUGAUGACGUACGCCGGUAUCGACUACGCCUACUUUGCCUUGGCGCACGCGUAUGACGUGCAGGAAGAACAGGCUCACCAGCGAAAAUCAACCCAGCUGGGUUCGCCGACAUUUGACACCAGCGAGAAGGGACUGACCGCUUACGGCGCCGUGGACAAGGUCUCCGAACAGAGCAAGAACGCCAUGCAAACAUCGUGGGAGUCGACAAACACGACGAGCAUGCCUUCAUCGCCCGAGGACGACUCUAGUUCGCACAGUGUCCGCCAGGUGCUCCCACCCAACGAGGCCGCCGGGCGCCAGCAGGCGGCAGCCGUGACGUCACUGUUGGCGCAGCAGGACGGCAUCCGGCUGCAGCCACCCAGCUGCUACUCCGGCUUCUGCAACCGAUGGGUCUCGCUGCUGGGCAUGCUGCUAAAGCUGGUGAUGAUGAUGCUGGUGAACUGGCUGUACUGCCUGCUGACGGUGCUGUCGGUGCUGCUGAUCUGGCUGUACGCGCGCCGCGUCAGCCCCGGCUGCCCAGCUGCCCUGGCCGACUCGUUCUCGCUCCCCGGCUGGCUGCACGACAAGCUCUCGCGGGCUGUGGGACGGAGACGGGUGGGAUCCAGCUACGAGCGGAUGAUUGUGACUCCCAUGGCGCCGGGUGUGAUCGUGCAGCCGACGCAGGUGACCGAGGAGAACGAGGACUUCGAGGGCCGCUCGCACUACCACCAGUCCACAGUGCAGGCGUCCAAGGCGCUGCUGGCCGACGACUGAGCGACAUCCACCCGGCCAUGGCGCCUCGGCCCAUCGGAAAGAAGCGAAGAUCACCGGAGGUCACCGAUGGUUCCUGAGGCGGGUAGAGACAACGAGAGGACCGAAAGCCAUCCGCUACCACCUGAGGUUGACGUGACGCUGCUUUUCCUCGAAUCUGCCGGAGAUCACGGCAGCACCGAAGGCUAUCGGCGGUCAUCGGAGGUAAACGAAGGUUUCCGAAGGUUACCGGCGCGCAGACUUAAGCGACCGAUGUGCGCCCGCGGCAAUGGGCACACGGUGUGCGAUCUGGGCGACAACGCGCGGCGUCAGCCCGGUGGGGCGGCCCGGCGACCGUCCGCGGAUGAGGGACAGCACCAUCCAGAGGGACCUCAGGACGUAGGUGCGACUCUCACCGAGGUCCGCCUCGCGCGACGGCGGCGUUGUUGUGCAUGGGUGUUGUCUGUCCGCCGCUUGUCCGCCCCUGGACUGGCGAGAGUGGGCUUAUGGCCAACAGGGCCGCCCGGCGCCGGUCGGACGGGGGUCCUGCGCGGCUAGCAGCCGGUGAUCGCACGGCCCCAGCAGCGCACAAAAAACAGCCGAGAUCGUGCGGCCCCAGCGGUGCGCU